AUGAGAGCCGAUGCAAGCACAUCCUUCUUCACCAUCGCACCAUUUGUGUUGUCUCCUCUUGCCCCGUGGGCUGAUUCAGAGGCCCCGCAGAAGUGGCUCGUCCUGAAGAAGUCCAAACUGGGGCUGCUCGGGAGUGGGAAGAUGAAAGAGCGGGUGAACAAAGACUUGUUGGAUGUCGUGCACUGCGUUGGUGGGACAGUGUCCACAGGGCGGAGUGGGUUCAAGAUCUACAUAGAUUACAAUGAGGACCCAGAUAUCGGGGAGAUCAUGGUGGCAAAGAAGAAGAAGUCGCGGCUGGGCCUGGAUGGCAUGACGUGGGGCGCAUUGGGCGAGGUGACGAACAUCCCAGCAGUAAAGGAGCAGAAACCUAAGCCCGCACCCGUUGAGAAUUUACUGAAGGUGAAGGGGGACGAGAACCAGAAGUGGUGGAGCAUCAGAAGGGGGCACAAAGACUUGAAGGAGAAGGCAAAGGCCAAGGAGAGCGAAUGCCAGAAAUUGCAAGUUCAUUCCAAGACACCAGAGCCCGAGAUAUCUGUUGACACGUGUGCGUGGUUCAAUUCGUUGGACUCAGACAUCGUGCUGUCAGGUUCUGUGAGUCAGGAAUGGCUGUGA